GGAGUGUGUCGAUGCGGAGGUUUCAGUCGUGGUGGUAUCAAGGUGAGAGGAGGAGGCAGUGUUAUUGACCUGGCCACGCAUCAGUAUGGAUCUGACUAUUAAACAUGUGAAGAACUUUACUAGAAAACAACGCAAAAUUUGAGUUCAUUUUAGAGAUUACAAUAUCGAAAAUGGCCAACAGUGAUUCCGCCGUGGCGGAAAUCCGACUGAUUUUAUCGCUUCAAACAACGUCAUAUCCGACUGGCCUCGGUUUAAACUAUACUGAUGUCAUGAACGAUAACUCGACCAAUGUUACAUCGAACGCUAGUCAGCACAUAAACCAAAGUUUGGCAAAAGCGGAAGUCACGGUACAGGCCGUUAUUCUAGCACUUGCUGUGUUUGGAAAUACCUGUGUCUUGAUCGCCUUGGCCAGAAGACGUAAAAUCAACAGUAGAAUGCAUAUGUUUAUUAUGCACUUGAGCAUAGCCGAUCUGUUGGUAGCUUUCUUUAAUAUUUUACCACAACUUAUAUGGGAUGUGGCGCAGAAAUUCCAGGGAGGAGAUGUUUUGUGUCGCUUUGUGAAGUUCAUGCAAGUGUUUGUGAUGUACCUGUCGACGUACGUGCUGGUGAUGACAGCAAUUGACCGAUACAGGGCUAUUUGUCACCCCUUGUCAAACCACAACUGGACAACCAAAACUGUCAAUCUCAUGAUAGCAGGAGCUUAUUGCAUUGCGGGUGUUUUCAGCAUACCCCAGGCCCUGCUGUUCAAGUACCAGGAACGUGUCGUUGGUACUGGGGAAUAUGAUUGUUGGGUCCAUUGGGAUCCCCCCUGGAUCCUUCAGUUGUACAUUACAUCAUUCACAUUCCUAGUGUAUGUCAUUCCGUUUUUAAUACUUGUUUUUGCGUACGGGUCAAUAUGCUACACAAUUUGGUCGAAAUAUAGAGUCACACGUGAACCCCUGGUGAAAAGGGAGGUAACAAAUGGUGCUGUUGGUCACGUGAUGUACACUUUAUCCAAUCAGAGUCCAGGAAGGACAUUUGGAAUUAGGGAUGGCGGGAUGCACCCAAGAUCACAUUCCAGUAGAGGUUUCUCCAGAGCCAAGCUGAAGACAGUGAAGCUGACAUUUGUAGUGAUCCUUGCGUACCUCGUCUGCUGGUCGCCAUUCUUCAUCUCCCAGCUAUGGUGGCUGUACGAUGAGUCAGCUCCGAUGUCAAACAACAGUAUUGUAAUUAUGCUGCUCCUGGCAAGCCUCAACAGCUGCUGCAACCCAUGGAUUUACCUGGCCUUCAGCGGGAACCUCAUCAAAUAUCUUUCCCCAUGUUACAAGUCAAGCUGUAUGUCUGAUCAGAGAAAUCAGACGUACACCAAUUCCAACACUGACAAUAGCCUCAAAAACAGAUCCACUAUCGAACUGGAGAAAAUGGGCACCAGGGAGAAAUUCAAACGCAUGGGUUCUUUGACAUCACUCUUAACGUCGCGGAUCUCACGGAAAGAAACCAUCAUUACAACGACGUUGAAAAGACCGCAAGCUCCAGUACAAGAUGAGAGUCCAAAAUCCCCUCACGUGACCAAACGUGCACGUGUACACGAAAGACCAGCCAAUGAAAUUGUGGAGGCACAAAUGAAAUGGGACAGGAAUAUGGGCAUGGAAUGUACGAGGUCCCCGAUCCUUGUGUUAGCGGACGAACUGCCGAAUGGCUCGCCGCUAUCUGAAGAUGACACGAUAGAAACUUUAGGGACAUCAUUCUAGAAAUUAUGAUUAAUUUCACGAGGGAAUAUUUGAAGCCCUUUACCGAUAACUGUGGCUUUUGUGGGACAACUAGCUUUAUUGAUGACUAGUUAUGAAGGAUGAACAUGCAACGAUUCUUCUUUCGCGGUGUCACGUGGACAGUAGAGAACAUGACAGAUGCAUAAAAAGGCAGGAUUCAUUUUUAAUCAGUUCUGUGUAAGACACGGUUCAACACAACCAAUAGGCGCCUUUCAGCAUCGCUUUCGGUGCAACCUGUCAUCUUGCCGGAUUCAAAGAAGGACAAGACGAACAUAGUGUAACUUAUAUCUUUUGCCUACGACUCAACUGACAGUGGAAUAAAAGAACAGACUUAUUUGCUCAAUAUAAUGAUAUAGUACUCAUACAAAUAUAAUUUCUUAUCUUCUUACUUCCAUACCAGUUGAAUGUGUAUCUUUUAAUUUUGUAUGUUGUGAGUCAAAACUACAAUUUAUUAUUGUACUGUACUUAUGUUUUAUCCAUUUAAGAUUGAUUAAAGGUGGGGAAAUCGUUUGCAACCAACGCAACACCAAUAUUAACUUUUAUAUAAUUUAUGUCAUCAGAAACAAAUAUAUACGUUGAUUACUUCCUAUUCGUGACAUCAUAAAUAUGUUGUUAUACAACCAUGCGAAUGGCUAUACAUGCCUAAGGAACACGUCUGUUGACUUCGCCAACCGUGGGGCGGAUGACUGGUAGAACAGUUUAUGACAUGAUAAUAAAACGGUUCUUAUCUUCAUUGUUACACCAGCAUUGACACUACAUGUGUGUACAAACAUAU